UUGCUUGGGCUUUACGCGAGGGCUGCAGGCUGCUUUGGGUGAUUUGCCUCCCCCCCCCUGCCCCGGUGCUGCCAAGGGCAGAGCAGCACCGCUCCCACCCGGGCAGCCACUGCCUCCACUUCCCACAGGGCUCUGGGGACACCCGUGGGGCAACUGCAGCUCCUGAACUUCCUCCAGCUCUGGUGAGGCUGGGCUGCAUGACGUGAAGGCCUUUGGAGAGCAGAGGGACUUUCGCUGUGGUCCUGCUUAUUUCUAGUUUCCGCUGAAGCGGCCGGUCAGGCUGAGGCCCCCCUGAGUCGGUCUGGUACCUUGUUCCAGUGUAGAAAUUCAUCGUUUGGAGUUAUGUGCUUGACCUGGAAGAACUGUGCUGCUGGCACCUCAGGGACCCUGUGAACUGCAACGGGAGAGGAGCCCGCCGGCAAGUGGAAUGGGGCAGCCAUGAACGGCGAUGCCCUGUGCCAGGAGCCCUCUUCCCCGCUCCCCGACUGGAGGGAGUUCUGCGAGCUGCACGCCCAGGCAGCCGCCGUCGACUUCGCCCAGAAGUUCUGCCAGUUCCUGAAGGAGAACCCCCACUACGACACCCCCGGGGCAGAGACCUCCUUCUCCCACCAUUUCGCCGCCAACUUCUUGGACAUCUUCAGCCUGGAGGUCAGCCGGGUGUUCGUGUCCGACUCCCCCACCAAGUACAACAUCGUGCCUUUCGUGGGGCUGCAGAACUGCCACGUCCCCUACGGGCGCGAGGUCACCCCGAGGAAGGAGGAGACGUCCACCGAGUCCUUGGACAGCAUGGACACCCCGUUGGGUGCCGGACGGUACCUGAGCCCCGCGCAGCAGGCGCAGGCACGCAAAGUGUCCUCCUACGGCCAGUCCCGCAGCUCGGAGGACGUCUCCAUCCACGCCGCCACCAAGCCCAAGUUCAAGAAAGGUUUCUCCUUGAGGAACAUGAGCUUGUGCGUGGUGGAUGGUAUGAAGGAGAUGUGGCAUCGCAAGUCCUCUCCAGAGCCGGGCACCGAGGCUGCCCCGGGUGGCCGGAGAGCCGAGAGGGAGCCGUGGCCGGCUGGGGGCAAGGAGCCCGGCGACCCACGGGAGAAAUGGACCCACAAGCUGCGCCUCUCCAAGGUGCCCUCCUCCAAGGUGGAGCUGGUGGACAUCCAGAGGGAAGGGACGCUGCGCUACAUGGUGGCCGACGACACGAACUGUGUGGGGAGCUCGCAGUGGCAGAAGUGCCGCCUCCUGCUCCGGAAAGCGGUGAAAGUGGAAGGAGAGAGGUUCCUCCUCGAGUUUUAUGUCCCUCCAAAGGCUUCCAAACCGAAGGUAAGCAUCCCGCUCUCGGCCAUCAUUGAAGUCCGCACCACCAUGCCGUUGGAGAUGCCCGACAAAGACAACACCUUCGUCCUAAAGGUGGAGAACGGGGCCGAGUACAUCCUGGAGACCAUCGACUCCCUGCAGAAGCACUCCUGGGUGGCCGAUAUCCAGGACUGCAUCGACCCCGGGGACAGCGGGGACGACAUCGAGCUGGCAUCCUGCGCGCAGGGAGCCUGUCUGCCGGGCAGGGUGUCCUCCUGCAGCUGCGAGUUCCUGGCUGACGAUGUGCCCAGGCCGCCAGACAGAUGUGCCCGGCCUGGCGCUCACACCACCACCAUGGCCGCUGCCAUCCCUGCACCCCACGGCCGGGGCAGGGACUCCCUGGGGGAACUCCUGGCCCACGUCCCGCUGGAGAGCUUCCUGCAGACGCUGGAGUCCUCCCCUGCCACCAGUGGGCAUCUCGCAGGGGAUGACAGCGAGACGGAGAUCAACCUCUCUGACUUCCCCUGGUUCCACGGGACUCUCUCGCGGAUCAAGGCAGCUCAGCUGGUGCUCUUCGGGGGUGUCCGGAGCCACGGCUUGUUCGUCAUCCGGCAGAGCGAAACACGGCCGGGGGAGUACGUGUUGACCUUCAACUUCCAGGGGAAAGCAAAGCACCUCCGCCUGUCGCUGAACGAGAGUGGGCAGUGCCACGUGCAGCACCUCUGGUUCCAGACCAUCUUCGACAUGCUGCGCCACUUCCACACGCACCCCAUCCCACUCGAGUCGGGCGGCGCGGCCGACAUCACCCUCCGCAGCUACGUCGUGGCCCAGAGCCCGCUGCCCGAUGCCAGCCCCCCGCCAGCCCUCGUGUCGCAGUCGCCAGGCUGCCGGGUCGACCUGCCUCCUCCUCACUACUUCUGCAGCACGCCAUCCACCGGCCCGCCGGCCCCUGUACCCACCGAGGGGGUGGCCAUGGCCCCCGCUGUCACUGUCCCUGCACCCUACCACCGCCUGGAGGGUGCCCUGGGCCCCCGGAGCCGCAGCGACAGCACCGAGCGCCGGCCGGAGCCCCCCACCGCCAGUGCUGAGGACUACCACGAGGCUGACGGUGCCCGGAGCCGGACCCGGGCGGUAGAAAACCAAUACUCCUUCUACUGAGCCCCCCAUGCCCGGGGGCUGGAUGGUGGGGGGAUGCGGGGCACCUGUGCCCCUCACCGCUGCACCAGCCUCGCCACCUCCUCCUGCCACCACCAGCAGCCCAGCCGGGAUGUCCUCCUCGCUCCCCGCCGCUCUCAGGAGCCGUGUCAGCAGCAGGCGAGGUCCUUGACUGGACCCGGCGCCAGCCCCGAGGCUGGGGCAGUGCUGGGGGUUUGGGAGGCUGAAAGCAUCAGUGCCAUUUCAGAACUUGCAGCCUCUUCUCUUUCCCUCUGGACCAAGAGCUCUCCCGGGGCUGAGCCAGGCUCCCUGCAUCCCCUCCCUGGGGAUGCCCAUCGUGGGAUGGCAGCCCAAAGCUCUGACGGGCUCCGUCCUCCAGCCAAAGCACCUCAGCACGUCCCCUCCGGGGUGAGAGCCCAGCGUGGCUGACAUCACUGCUGGCACCAUCGCCCCGCAAACCAGCCCCCGAGGGGCUCUGGCGUUUUGGGAUGGCGAUGGAAAGGGCACAUCCCCGCGCAGAGGCUUUUCUUUGACAUGUGGAUCCGUGUGCCUGAGAGGGCACCGCUGCAGAGGUGCGAGGGUUUACCCAGGCUGGCUUUCAGGCUGCCUCCAGGGCACGCGCUUCCCACCCUCUGCCAGGAGAAGGCUUUUUCCAAAGCUUAAUGAAUCGCAUUCAUUGCUGUCCUGCCACUUCUGUUCCUUUGUCCUUUCUCUCCUUGCUGUACCUACAGAGAGUCCGUGGAUAACCCCUUUCUUCCUCCCUUCCUUGCUUUUUCAAAACCUGAGCUUUCCGCAAGGGCAUCAGCUCAGCCUUCUGCCUUCUCUGUGCUGUAGCUAGGCGAUAUUUUCCAUUGCUCAAGGCAAAGCUUGGAAAAAAAAUGACAACACCCCAGCUUUGCAUCAGUUGUUAGUCAUUCGGGAUGUCUUGGGGGGGGUGUCAGACAGAAGCUGGGGCUGUGUCCGGAGGUGAGGGGCAGCCUCACCCCGCAGGUGCUCGGCUGGGCUCCCAGGAAUGAAAACACUACGCAUCUUCGGUAGAUGCUAUUGAAGGUUUUGGGGUUUUGUCUUAGAGAGAUAGAAAUGCCCAGGAAGAGCAAAAGGAAUGGGGCUGCUGCCAGGUGGGUGAACAGCCAGCUGACUGCAGCCACGGGCAGGAUUGCCCUCGUCAGUGGCUGAAGUCCCUCCCUGGCAGAUGUAAAACCCUGCCAGUGAUGGUCGUAGCAGCAUUGCUGCCAGGAAGGACCCGGCACUGCAGCGGUCACCGCUUCUUGGUGCCUUUCUGAUAGACCAGUGCAGCCCCGUGCAUCCGCAGCAGGAAGAGGAGGUGCCCUGAUAGAGGUGAGCCCUGGAAGAAGAGAGCAUAGAGCAGAUGCCCGCUGUGGCCAGGUAUGCGUUAUGUUGUCGAUGCUUUUCCUACAGGUCACUGAAGCCCUUAGGGUGGUUUUAGAGGCCAGGCUGCUUACCAAGAUUGUGUGCCUCGUGUGGGGUGGGCGAUCCCCCGAAAGGGCAGCUUUGCUUGUAGACAAGGUGCUUGCACGUCCCUCUUGGUUUGCCUCGCGCAGCUUGUCUUCCCCAUCACCAGGAUUCCUGGCUCCUCGUGUGGCUGCCAGGCCUGGGUGACAGUGCUAGCAGGACCUGAGCAAGGUGGCUUUGAAGUGUCUGGGUAGGUCUCCAGGUAGAGCAGACCCCACCGUACCCAGCUAGAAGUUACCACUUAGUGCAAAGAGGUACAAGCCAAGCCACAACCUAGGUCAAAACACCUUGAAUUUGCCUGGAGUUUUGGGCUAGGUCAAUUUUUUUUUUAGGUGCCUUCUUUCCUGAGCUAGCAAAGCAUGUCCCCAGUACUGGAGUCACUUGUCUCUCCCACUUCAAGGGAGCAGGGAAGGUGUCUCCAAGGCUCCUUGCCUCCACCUGUGAUGUGAGAGCUGCCUUUCUGGCCCGUGGGUGGAUGAGGGCUGGUGGAUCUCAUUCCUGCAGCAAAUGCCACCUUCUCCCCAAACCCAUGGCCCUUCAGAGGGCGACGAGAGCAGUUUGCUCUGGCCGGGGUAUUUCUCUUUCUUCAUCACAGCUAAAGCCCAGCUCGGAGGAGCCCAUGCAGCAGGGAGAGGCCAGAUGCUCUUGGUUGGUGGGUUUAAUGUGGAUCUGCUUCCUUCACACACACGGUGAAUGAGGGGGGACCUCCGGAUGCUGCACAGACAUCAUGACUCUUGCUCCUCACUGAGGUCCCAACAGGCCGGUGGCUGUGGUUGGGAGCACUGCCUUAUAGACCUUCACAUGUUGGCUGAUUUUUUCACCUUCUGCGUCACGGGAUAGGACAAGGAGGGGGAAGCAAUGAUCUGCAAGCAAAAAUGUUAAUUUGUAAAUAGGGAAGAGUCUGGAAGAGUUUACUGUUCUGUAGAAUAAAUUAAUUUUAUUUAAAAAAAAGGGAGGGGGGAUGACUUGUUAAACAAAUGGAGAACUUGAGUUACAGUUUUAAAAUAAAAUCACUUGCAAAAAGGACA